GCUAGGCGACGGCCCAAACAAAAACCCGGCAAAGCCGCGAUGGCAACGCAUUUCAGCUCGGGGCAGUACGAAGAUGCCUAUAACCCACGGAAUUUGCAAAGCUGGAGUCUUCCCAAGGUUACUAAAGUGCAUCCUUCAGCCCGGGAAGGGUUUACUCAAAUUAUAGCAAAUGACAGAGGCCACUUACUACCUUCCAUCCCACGCUCUAAGGCUUCCCCUUGGGGUACCUAUAUGACCACUUGGGAUAUGCCCCUCAAAAUCCCACCGGCCAAGGUCUCACUCACCUCCCGUUCUAUAGACGCGGCCGCCCGGCUCACCGAAUGGAUGAAUAAAUCGGCAGCCUUAAGCCAAGCGUGCAACGGAUUGUGUCCAGAAAUUGUCGGCAAGCCCUCCAUCCCCGUGAUCAAGGAAGCCGUCUCUAACCACCCCCGGAACUCCGGGAAAACGUCCGAGCGUCCUGUCUCUUCCGGCAAGAUGCCGGCCUUCGAAGAAGUCGGCUCCCGGGUAGGGGCGACCCCCAACGGCCCACUGUCCCGUCAGCCCGGCAGCAUGGAUCUCCGGCUGAAAGACGUCGGUGGGCCCAACGCCCAGGACGCCUACGAGUUGGAGGCCAAGCCGCCGCAGGAGAGGAACAGCGACGACAUCCCGCUGUCGCGUCAACCGGGUUGCAUGGAUCUGCGUCUGAAGGACACCAGCCCCCAGCUGUCCACCUCUAACCGCCCCGGCUCGCGGGAGCCCACCCCGAGGCGGACGAUCUCCGCCGAGGCCCCUCCGUCCGGCCGACCCCGGUCCCGGGAAACGAGGCCCAAAGGCUUAGGGACCCCCGACCAUUUGUCCCCUUGCCGUCCGGGGUCUCUGGAAGCCAACCCUCGUCCGGGGUCCCUGCAGGUCAACCCUCGGGGUGACCGUUCGCCGGAGGUGUUGCCCCCAAGCCGUCCCCUUACGAAAAGCAGGCAGGGGUUAGAGGUGCCCCAAACGGGAGGUGCCGAAAGGAACGCGUUCCGACCCCUUUCCUCUACAUAA